AUGUCUCCCGCCGACUUCACCAUUCCGUUUCUCCUCCUCGAAGCCUUCUGGUGUUUCCUCCAAAUCCGGGCCAUCUCUCGCCGGAAAACCCACCGCCGAUCACCACCGGGUCCCCCGGCUUUACCCAUCAUCGGAAACCUCCACAAACUGGGCAGGCUCCCCCACCGCAGCCUCCAAGCUCUGGCCCGGAAAUACGGCCCCAUCAUGUCCAUCAAACUGGGCUCGGUCCCCGUCGUUGUCGUCUCCUCCCCGCCGGCUGCCGAGCUCUUCCUCCGGACCCACGACGACGUUUUUGCCAGCAGGCCCAAGACCCAGGCCGCCGAGUACCUGUCCUACGGCACCAAGGGCAUGGCGUUCACGGAAUAUGGGCCGUAUUGGCGCAGCGUCAGGAAGCUGUGCACGUCGGAGCUACUGAACGUUGCGAAGGUGGAGUCGUAUGCUGGGAUGAGGAGGGAGGAGGUGGGGGCGAUGGUGCGGUCGCUGAAGGCGGCUGCAGCGGGGGAGGCGGUGGAUGUGAACCGGAAGGUGGAGGAGCUGGUGGAGGACAUGACUUGCAUGAUGGUGUUUGGGCGGAAGGGUGACGAGAGGUUUGAUUUGAAGGGCUUUAUUCGGGAGGUUAUCGCCUUGGUCGGAGCUUUCAACGUCGCAGACUUUGUGCCGCUGCUUUCGCCGCUCGAUCUUCAGGGGUUGACUCGACGCUUGAAGAAAGCCAGCAAGGUCGGUGACAAGAUCUUGGAGAGGAUCAUGGAUGGGCAUGAGCAAGAUGCUACUGCAAACCAAAGGCAACACAGAAAUUUGAUCGAUGUACUGCUCUCGCUAGCCAAAAAAUCCUCGACCAAAACUGGCGAGUGCUCAUUUUCCAUCGAUCGAACGAACGCCAAAGCGAUUGCCCUGGACAUGAUUGUCGGAUCUUUCGACACCUCCUCCACUGCAAUUUCCUGGAUCAUGUCGGAGCUCCUGAGACAUCCGAGAGCGAUGAAGAAGCUCCAGGAAGAACUAGAUCGUGUCGUAGGGCGAGAUCGAGUGGUGGAAGAGAUGGACCUGGCAAAUCUAGAAUACCUAGAAAUGGUGAUCAAGGAAAGUCUCAGGCUCCAUCCAGUUGCUCCGUUGCUGGUUCCUAGAGAAUCCAUGAAGGACAUCAACUUCGUUCUCGGCGAGGAUCGCUAUUUCAUUCCGAAGAAAUCACGAAUUAUCGUGAACUGUUGGGCACUGGGGCGAGAUCCGGAGGCGUGGUCGGAGAACGCAGAGGAGUUCUUGCCGGAGAGAUUUGUGGAUCGCGAGGUGAACCUCCUAGGGCACCAUUUUGAGCUGUUGCCAUUCGGAUCGGGUCGUCGGAUCUGUCCCGAAAUACACUUGGGGCUAACGAACAUUAGGCUGGUGGUAGCCCAGCUGGCUCAUUACUUUGAUUGGGAGCUUCCAAACGGGAUUUUUCCAACUGACUUGGACAUGAGUGAGAGGUUCGGCUUGUCGGUUUCCAAGGCCGAGCACUUGCUCGCAACUCCAACUUAUCGCCUGCGCACUUGA